AUGUCAGCACCUCUUGGCACCCGUGUGGACAAACGGGAAUCCGGGGGGCCGCCUGGCUGGACGCUGACCUGCCUCACUUUCUCGGACAUUCUCCUCAGAAUUCCGGCCUUGAGUGGCUGCAAAGAGCAGCUGCUGGACGACGGUGAAGCCACAAGCCCCGACCCAGGGGCUCCAGCCAGCCCUGCAAAGACCCGAGGCCUGACGGCGGCCCUCCUUACAGCCAGCACCGAGGCCGAGCACGGCAACACCAGGCAGACGGUCCUUGCAGGGGAGACCUCGCCCGGGACAGACAGGAUGCAGAGAUGGCCCUGGUCCUGCGGGGCACCAGGCCCCACGGUCACCACAGAGACAGCAGCCAGCCACAAGCAGAAACCCAAGUCCAGGACCCCGGGAGGCGUCCCUCCCUGGGCAGGCCGCACCUGCUUCAACCACCGCCGGGGACUACCCAAUUGGACCCAGGUCGGCGCGAAGAGAGGCAGGGGCCGAGAGGGGGUGGGAGAGCCUGCAGCCAGGCCAGAGCCUCUGACCACCCACCCGCCCCCAGACCUGGAUGACACUGAAGCUGCUGGGCCCCGGGCCGCCCUCCUGGAGAAGCACCUGCUGGAGGGAGAGAAACAGCUGCCCAGCCCCGGGCAGGGCCCCUUCUUCUACAUCGGGGGCACCAACGGGGCCUCAAUAAUCAGCUCCUACUGCAAGAACAAGGGCUGGCAGCGCAUCCAGGACAGCGGGCGGGAGGACUACAAGCUGAAGUGGUGCGAGGUCAAGAGCCGGGACAGCUACUGCAGCUUCCGGGAAGGGGAGCAGCUGCUGUACCAGCUGCCCAACAACAGACUCCUCACCACCAAGAUCGGGUUGCUCAGUGCCCUGAGGGUAUACUCGCGGGUCCUGAGCAAGAUCAACAAGGCAGCGUUGGGCGCCCAGGCCAGGGUCCUGAAAAUGGAAGAAUUUUUCCCAGAGACCUACCGUCUGGACAUCAGCGAGGAGAGAAAGGCUUUUUUCACCCUCUUUGAUGAUACCCAGAUGUGGAUCUGCAAGCCCACCGCCUCCAACCAGGGCAAAGGCAUCUUUCUGCUCAGGAACCAGGAGGAAGUCACUGCCCUCCAGGCCAAGAUCCAAAGCAUCGAGGACGACCCCAUCUACCGCAAGAUGCCGUUCCGCGCGCCCCAGGCACGCAUCGUGCAGAGGUACAUCCAGAAUCCACUGCUGCUGGAUGGGAAGAAGUUUGACGUGCGCUCCUACCUGCUCAUCGCCUGCACCAUGCCAUAUAUGGUCUUCUUUGGCCACGGCUACGCUCGCCUCACCCUCAGCCUUUAUGACCCCUGUUCCAGCGACCUCGGUGGCCACUUGACCAACCAGUUCCUGCAGAAGAAGAGCCCCCUCUACGUGCUGCUCAAGGAGAACACGGUGUGGAGCAUGGACCACCUCAACCGGUACAUCAACGACAAGUUCAGGAAGACCAAGGGCCUCCCCAGAGACUGGGUCUUCACCACCUUCACGAAGCAGAUGCAGCAGAUCAUGGCCCACUGCUUCCUGGCCGUCAAAUCCAAGCUCGAGUGCAAGCUGGGCUAUUUCGACCUCAUCGGCUGUGACUUCUUGAUCGAUGAGAACUUCAAGGUGUGGCUGCUGGAGAUGAACUCCAACCCUGCCCUGCACACCAACUGUGAAGUGCUGAAGGAGGUGAUUCCAGGCGUGGUGGUGGAGACCCUGGACCUGGCGAUGGAGACCUUCCAGAAGAGCUUGCACAGCCAGAAGAUGCUGCCCCUGCUGUCGCAGCGCCGCUUUGUGCUCCUACACAACGGCGAGGGGGACCCGGGGCGGCGCCCGGGGGGGCCCCGCCCACCGCCUUCGCUCCGCGCAGACAAGCCGGGAGCCCGCAGGCCCGUGCCCCCCCCCCCCGGGACCCGGACGGCGCCCAGGCCCGGGAGCCUUCCCCGGGGCCCGCCGAGGAGCAGCGCAAGAACACGGGCCACCGCGGCUCCUAGCGGGCGGCCGCCAGCGCCCUCUCGGGACCUAUAA